AUGGUGGACGUGGCAUCCGAUGUGAAAAGACAGCGUGACGAUGUUGUUCAAGAAACUUCAACAAAACAGGAAGAUCAAGUUAGGGCAACAGAAUGUUUGGGCCUGCUCCAGCGAAUGGGGAACAGAGAGCAUAGACGUAAACUACUGCAGUCUUGGUUGAUCACGUUGUCUUUCUUUUCUAUGGGUCUAACAAUUGGCCAGGUUGGCACCACUUUAAUUGACCUACAGCUGAUUACUGGAACAAACCUGGAGGGAGCCUCAGCUUUCAUAACUGCAUUAACGGCUGGGGAUAUGAUUGGCGCUUUCAUUUCUGGCGCUGUCUUUAACAAGGUGAAUACUCUACUGCUGAUGUUCAUAAGCUUAAUGGGCAUGGGUGUAACGACAAUUAUCUCCCCGUACAUGAGCAGCUAUCCUCUGAUGAUAUUCGUUCGAGUUCUAUGUGGAACCUGUGAAGGAAUCAUCGCAGCAACUGGGAACGCCUGUCAGAUGAAGAUGUGGAGAAAUCAGGCAAAGGUGAUGAUGCAGACAAUGCACUUUGCCGUUUCUCUUGGUGGAGUUAUAGUUCCCCUAUACACGGAACCCUUUCUGGCCAAACGAAUUAUGUACACUGAGUCAGGCACGAGCAAUGUGACAACUGGAAAUGCUUCUGGUGUAUCUCCAACUUCCAGAUUUUCAGACACCAACGUAUAUUACGCCUUUCUUAUUUCUGGUGUGAUUCUCCUUUUAACAAGUGUGCCACUGGUUGUAUUGUUCAUUAAACAACGUUCGCCUACAAUCCAAACGAAUUCCGAAAAAAAUACAAACGUUCAAAUUACUCACAGAAAACUCCCAUGCUUUCUUCACCUCUUCAUGCUAACAAAUAUAUGCUUAAUGUUCUUGUUUUAUUGCUGUGCCGAGCUGACGUUUUCUUCCUUUCUUAUGUCUUUUCUUGUCAACGAAUUUGAUUCCUUGACAACAUCAGAAAGUUUGUAUAUAACUACUGCCCUUUGGGCCUCAUUUGCCUUAUCCCGAUUCAUUAUGAUCUUUGUAUCAAAGGUAAUAUCGUCUCUGCAGUUAUUAUCACUAUGUGUACUAGUCAUGCUUGUAGCGUAUAUCGGGUUUUUUAUCAGCGUAGUACUGAAGUCCAUCACAGCUAUAGUCGUAUUCACAUCAAUGGCAGGGCUAGGUUUGUCAAGCAUUUUUCCUGCAGGAUAUUCCUGGGUUGAAACUGACUUGCUAAAAGUCACACCCCGGGUAUCUUCAAGUAUUAUGAUAACCGGGAGCGGUGGGCGAAUCAUUAUUCCUGUCAUUAUGGGUUUUCUUAUGGACCAAGUCAGCAACUGGUGGUUUUGUUACACAGUACUAGGUACAACCGUGCUGGUUUGUCUCAUUUUUAUUUUUCUGUACUUUUUGAAUAAACUGUUUCUAAACAAAGUAUAUGGUCCGAUAAUCUUGAUAGAAACGUUAGAUAUAGAUAAUGAGCAAGAUCAGUUAUUAAUAAAGCGCCAGAAAAAGGACCAAGUGAUUUUAUGA